GAUCAACAUCGUUCUGGAUCUUGAGCACCUGAAGAAUCUUGAUUAUUUUAAGGAUCACUGGACUGAAUGAAGAUGAAGAUUGAAGCUCUUCUCCUCAUUUUAGCUGCUCUACAGACUUUGUGCAGUCCUCAGAGUCUUUGUAGGGAUGACAGCAUCUCUUCAAGUCCUCCUAGAGUUGGCAGCAGUUCUUCAAAGCCUCGUUGGAUUGACAUCAUCUGUUCACAGGAUCACAGAGUCACUGCUGUUGAAGAACCGAUAUUUCCACUGGAUAUGGCACUGAAUUCAGCUGAUGAUCAGUUUGACGGAUGCAGCGAUAAAAUGGCAAUCAAAGUGGACAAUUACUAUCUAAACAAUGAAAAAAAUGGCAAUCCUAACUUCAAAACAGCUUGGGAAAUCGGUGAAAAGAAUGCUGUAAAACCAUCCCCAGAAAAUCCACUAAGCCGUAAUCAUUUAAUCGCCAUUUACGUGUACACUGACAGAAUUGUAUAUGAAGAUUUCAAUAAAGCUGUUCGAAACGGUAAACCUACAUAUGAAAACAGCAACUACAAAUGGUAUUCGCUUCACUUUCUGUUAACAGAUGCGGUGCAGAUUCUGAAAAAAAGCCAAGAUGACUGCUACAAUACUUACCGUGGCACAAACGUGAAGAUAAAUGAUGCAAAUGUUCUGAACACAGAGGUCCGCUUGGGCACUUUUGUUUCGUCCUCUCUAGAUCCUAACAAAAUAAAGCCUUUUGGAAAAAAGUCUUGUUUUGAGAUCCGCACUUGUAAAGGUGCUGAUAUUUCUAAAUAUUCCAAGCUUCCUCAUGAGAAAGAGGUGCUGAUUCCUCCAUACGAGACAUUUAAAGUCACUAAAGUCCAGAGAAAAACAGAAAACAAAAAUCUUUGGUGGUGUGAAACCGUGUUCACUUUGGAAAGCUAUGAGAAAAAAAGUGACCUGAACUGUACUCUAUUCAAGACUCCAUCAAGGGGUGCAUUUCCCCAAAAAAGACAUAACUCCCGCCGAAGAAAUAAAAAAAUAUUUAGUCAAAAUUUGCAUUAACCUACUUAACAUUUCUUUUGUUUUUGGUAAAGAGAGACAUGCCAUAUUUCUCUAUCCCAUACAAGUUUUAAUUAUUAGAUUUGCUUGCCUUGGUCAGUCUUGCCUUUCUAUUUAUCCUGAAUUGAAAUACAGUUGAUGUCAAAAUUAUUAGCCCUCCUGUGUGCUUAAUUGUUGCGUAAUGGAGAGAGGAUUUUUAAACAUAACAGUUUUAAUAACUAAUCUUUAAUAACUGAUUUAUUUAGUCUUUUGCAUAGUAUUUUGCUACUCAUUUUGCAAGAUACUAGUAUUAAAGUUCAAUUUAAAGGCUUAACUGGGUUAUUAUUGUGUUUACCAGGCAAUUUAUAUGGAAAACAGCGGUUUAUUCUAGACAAUCAGACGCUAAUAAUAUUAACCCUAAAAUUGUUAUUAAAUUGUUUUUAAACUGCUUUUAUUGCAGCCAAAUUUAAAAAAAAUAAAACUUUCCAUAGAAGAAAAAUGUAUUAUCAGAAAUACUGUGAACAUUUCUUUGGUCUGUUAAUUUGAGAAGUAUUAGAAAAAGAAUUAAAAAAAAACUCACAUGAAGGUGAUAAACAACACAUAUAUUUACUUUCUUUUACUAGUAUUAUUGAGAAUCUUCCAGACUUGAUUCUCUCUAUACUAUACUAUACUAUACUAUACUAUACUAUACUAUACUAUAGUAUACUAUUUACCUUAUUCUUCAAUUGUUUCAGAAUUUCGGAUUCAGUCGCCUAUGGGAGAAAUGACUAGGAAUGAUAAACGACAGAAAACGGUCAAACUACUUGCUCGACAAACAAGUGUUUGCAUGACUACACAGACAAAGUAGACAAAUAUAAUAAGAAAAUAUCCGUUUGCAAUGUCAAGCAGCAUAACAAGCUGUUUCUAUCGUCUAAAAAUGAAUUGAAGUGAAUGAGACCGUAAGUCUCGAGCCAAAAAGAUUCAAAUGGCUGCGUCCUCUCGAACCUGAAGAAUAAGGUGAAUACUAUACUAUGCUAUACUGUUGUAAACAAAUGAUAAAAGCAUUUACAAUAACAUAUAAUCUCAUACUAAAGUCAGAUAUAUGAUCAUACAAUAUGUAGACAAAAAUACAUUGAUUUGUUGCUUAAAUUACAUUUGGUGGCAGAAGUAAAAAUGAAAAUACUGUAAGAUGAAUCAUUUUAAUUUUCAUUAAUAUUUGGUUAUUGUCAAUAACAAUUAGUUGCAUGUAUUUACUGAACUACACAUGAUUUUGUUCAUCUUAACACUUGU